AUGAAGGACAACCCAAAACUUUUUCCAUCAUUGCCACCAAACUACGUCUCCAUUGUCGACCUUCAAAAGCGAUGGCAACAACAGCAGCUACAGCAACAACAGCAGCAACAGCAACAGAAGAAAGAGGAGUCGAAUGAAAAAGUCAUCAGCAAAGAUGGUGGUACCGAAUAUGUUAAACGAAGCUGGAAAUUGCAGGAAUUUAAUCGCUCAAAAUUUGUUGGAAACCCUAAUUUUGCGACUCGAAGGCCGGUUGGUGGGAAUUUUUACGGUGAAAGGGAGUUGAAGGUGUUCCGUGAGGUAGUGAAGGUGAGCGAUUCAAGAACAAAGGCGUCGAAAAUCAAUGAUGCGAAGGUGGAUGAGAAGACAACGCCUUUAAUUAAGAGUGAAAAAGAUGAAUCCAAUCGCAACAACCUCAGCAAUGGUGAAGAUGUGAAAAGAGGGUCGCAAUGUCGGAAAUCCGACGGAAACCCUAAUUUGGAAAUUGGAAGGCCUUUUCAUCAAAAAUUUUACGGGAAGAAGCGAUCGGAGGAGUUUUUGGCGGUUGAAAAGAUGAGCAGUCCAAUGCCGGAAGUGUCGGAAAACAAUGGUGGUGUAAAGGUGGUUGAAAUUGACUGUGGGGAUAAAGAGAUGGGUGAUCGGAAGUUGGAAGAUAAGAAGGAAGUGAAGAAGGAGAGAAAGAAGUGGAAGAAGAUGAAGAAUAAGAAAGGCAAGGGAGAGAAGCAAAAUUCAGCAAGAAAGGGUGAAUGGGAGGAGAGACAAAAGCAGGGAGAAGGGGGUAAGGUAAAAUACAAGCAAGGGAAAGGGGGAAUAGAGGAGAAAGAAAAGCAUUGGAAAGAGGGAAUAGCUGCGGAUGAUGACGCUGUGGAGGAGAAAGAAAAGCAUUGGAAUAGGGAAAUUGGUGCAAGUAAUGAGUCAAUCGACAAGGAAAUGGGUGCAAGUGAUGAGGCAGCAAAGCGGAAAGGCAAACAAGGAAAGGGGGAAAUGGGUAUGGGUAUGGGUGAUGAGGUGACGGAGGUGAAAGACAACCAAGAGGAUAGACAGGAUGAUGAGAUAGAAGAGAUUAAGGCCAAGUUGAAGGAGAUUUAUGUGAAGAAAAGGGAGUGGAAGAAUGGGAGAUCAACGCAAAGCGUAUCUGUGGAGGAGACCAAUAAUAAAGGUGAAGGUGAAGGUGAAGGUGAAGGUGAAGGUGAAGGUGAAGGUGAAGGUGAAGGUGAAGGUGAAGGUGAAGGAGGGAUGAAUGUGGAUAAGAUAAUGCAAUUGAUGGUGGUGAAAGAAUGGGAAAUCAGUGGAAUAGGAGUAUGGGAGGUUACAGAGGAGGUGGUCACUGGGGAAUAG